AUGGAGCAAGUUGACAGCCUCGUUCAGUCCGGAGACCGGAAUGUGCAAGGCGAAUACACCAAAGGAGAGCAAUUGCUACAAGAACGUUUAUCUUUAAAGGACCAACUUGAUCUCGGAUUCGUGGAGAUGCAAAGAAAACUUGGAUUUCCAUGGUCAUACCCUAACCAGAAGCCGUUUUGGAGCGAGCUUGAUCAGUCCAUUCCACAAGACAUCUUCCCCAACGCCAUUGAAUACCCGUAUAUCAGCUGUGCCGAAGCCCAUAUUAUGUGGUGGACGACAUUUAUCCUCCUCUACCCCUUAAUAGAUCAUCUUCUCAUCUUCCUCAAUCAGUCGCGAAGCAAUCUCCGAUUAACGUUGUGGGCUGUCCCGGCUUCCUUUGAUCAGGUUAUCUCAUGUGUCACGUUGGCGGAUAACUUACCAGAGAACCUCAUCGGCGUGGCCGAACAUUAUGCUAAUCUAAUAUGUCGCUCUGCGAAGUUUCUUGUCCAGCCUCAGGUGAAAGGCAUGGGGGCUCAAAAAUUGCUUGCUCCCUUCAGUCAAGCAACCCAGUUCUACCACAGUCAAGGUUCCAACGAUAAACAUCGAUGGUGCCAGGAAGUGUUCAUGUGCCUUCCACGGCUUGGCUUUGGAAUAGCACCCUUUUUGAAAGAUAUGAUUUGGCCUAAAUAUGAAGCUGCAACUGGGAAGAAAGGACCAGCCUCUUCAAAUGAUGCUUGA